GCUAAUACUCCAAUGACUUGGCUGAACAAGGUCAUCUUCUUUUAAUAGCACUGCUCUUGGAGCCCUCCACGAUUUGGACCAAUCCUAAAAUGAUAUUCAUCUGAGUCUUAAAAUAGUGCCCUCCUCCCUAUAUCCCAAAGCUGGGCAGUCCCUGACAGCUGAUCACUUCAGAACUUCUCUUGUGGGCAUAAGGAGCACCAAAGCCACUUGUUCGAGCAUGAAAACUGGAAUCGGUGCCCUGGUUGCAGGAAUUGUUGGUGUUAUUGGCAUUCUUCUGUUCCUCAUCGCUUUUGGAACCGAGUACUGGCUGCUAGCUACAGAGGCCUGUGGAAAGCCUGCAUCUAAAAAUGGAACUCUGGACACUGAGAUGGAAGGUGUUUCCAGAGACUCCUCAACAGGUGUCCUCACAUUCCACCAUGAAGGCUUCUUCUGGAGGUGCUGGUUCUCAGGAGAGGGCACCCAUGGGAACGUCUGGAAAUUCUGGUUCACUAACCAGCCUCGUACCAAGCAGUGCCGCCCCGGUUAUCUCUUUCCUAUGCCCAUUGCUUUGGGACCUUUACCGCAUCCUUCUUAUGAUGCGACUGCAGUGUACCGAGGGUUCUGGACGGUUUUCAUCGUGCUAGGUGUCACUGCCAGCCUGGUAGGGGUAUUCCUCCUGGUUUGCGGGGCACCCUUUGUCAAUGCUCGGCUUUAUAAAUUUGGUGGGAUCUUCCUUAUCACUUCAGGGGGCUUCUUCCUCCUUCUCCUCCUUCUGUUUGUGCUGUGGAAGGAAUGUGCAGCUGAUUUUCAGAAAUACAUACUUCUGGAAAGGAGUGAAAAGUGCAUCCCUGAGAAUGUCCCUGUGCAUGUGCAUUAUGGCUGGUCUUUUAUGUUUGCUGCUUCUGGAACACCCUUGGUUUAUCUUUCAGGACUUCUGUUUUAUUUGAUUGGCCAGAGGAACAUGAAAGUCCCGAAGUGAAAGAAUGGAGAGAGGGAUACAUCCCCACUCUCCCAACACUACCUGCUCAAUACUUAACACACACACACAUCAGCAUGCUUACAUACACACUUACACACUCACACAACACAUUUACACACGUACACACAUGCACCCCAUUAAGAAACUCCCUGAGCAUGUUUCCCCUUCUGACUGGAAGGAAGGCUUUGCACCAUCUCCAGAAGUUGCUUUGCCAUACUCUUCAAGGUUUUACCCACCAUAACAGAUAUUUGAUCAAGAAAUGGUAACAAAUGGUACUUCGAGAGAAACAUUGAGAAGGGAAAGGGAGCACUAGACCGAGUUGUAUGAAGGGGCCCAGGAGUUGGUUUUCAUUGGCCUCAGAUUUAGAGGCCAAAGAGCCUCGCUCUCAUUUUCCUCUCACUUGGCAGUAUAGUUUGUAUUGGAGCUGUUAUUUCAUUUCCAAUCUCUCCUAAAUCCAAUUGUGAUUUACAGUAAGAUGUUUCUUUUUGAAUAGAAAUUGAGUGUGCCUUUUUUUUUGAGAGGGGUGGGGGGGGCGGAGCAAGAAUUAGUCAUAAGUGAUGUCUCAGGCCAGCCAUGAUUAUUUUUUAGACAAUUUAAGCCUGGGGAAGUUGAAAAAGUUAUGCCAGGAGACAGAGAGACAGAGACAGGGACACAGAGACUGAGAUUUUUUUCCUUUAGCUUUUUCCUCUUCAGAUAGAAUUUGGAAAGCAAACCCAGUGUGAAUGCAUGCACAUUUUAAUGGGCUGGAGAAGAGAUAGCUUAUAUCCAGAGGCAAUCUAGCUCCCAUUUCUAUGCAGCAGGCUUUACAUCCUUCCAAGCGAAGGGGGCUGUAUUUCACUGAGAGAAUUAGAAAAAAAAAUUCAAAACAUAAAAGCCUACACUUGGGUAAGUGAAAUAAAGAGCCAACUUUUCAGCCAUAGUAUAGGUCCUUCUGCAGAGGAAAACAGGAGACAUUGAAACACCACUGCUUUUGACUUGGUCCUGGAAAUAUAUUUGUAUUUUGUGGAACAAAUAGCAUUCCUGGCUGAAGAUUAAAGUGGGAAAAGUAGAAGAAAGUCAGUGUCUAGUGGCUGGAAGCAUAAAUAGCACAUUCAUUCAUUAGAAUCCCUUUCAAGCCUUCAGUGUCAACCAUAAGAAUUUGUUUACUUAGGGUUUAAUGGUUCACAUCAUUUUUGGUCCUUAGACCUAGUCCCACUUUCUUUCUUCUGGUAGGAGGCCAUGCCAGCUUACCAGAAUUCAGAGAAAGCCUAAGGCUACUUUGGAGAAGUGAAGGAUAUGCUAAGUUAGUGAUUCAUUUGUUCUGGAAUCAGAAACAGAGUAAACUGUCAUCUUGUAAAAACAAUCUUGUGGCAGGGGCCUGCAAAAAGACUCUCAAGGACUCCUGUCUUUAUAGCUAGUCAGUGAGCUACACACCACACACAAAACCAUUGCGUGAGUACCAUUUGGAACCAGCAGUAAGAUGAACCUGUGCCUGCAUUUCCCUGAGUGGGAUUCACUUUCUAGGCUUGCAUUAUGGCGGAGUGACUUAACCUCAGAGACUAUUUUCAAAUGGUAACGCUUUUCUUUAAGGCACAGGAGUCUCUGUGAGGUAAGAGUUAUUACAACCAGAUCCAUUAGCCAGUGAAUAUGUUAUUAUUCUUUCCUGCCUUGGCCAUUGUCUCCUGUGAAAUUGUAACUUUGACAUAUAUGUUUGUUUAAAAUAUAGGAGAUUUAACCAGUGAUGUCACCAACCAUGAGCUUUCUUGUUGGUGUGAUUUAUUUGUUCACUUAAAAAGCCUGCGUUAAUAAAAUACAUUCUGGUGUC